GGAACAUUUCCCAGAUUUAAUAAGAGCAGUAUGCCCAGAUUCUGAAGUUGCAAAAAGGAUUACCUGUGGACGUACUAAAACAACAAAAAUUAUUUCGGAGGUGUUGGGAAGAAGUGACGUUGACAUCAUGGUUGAAGCCAUGCAGACAAAUAAAUUUUCAUUAACAGCUGAUGAAAGUACUGAUAAAAGUACAAAAAAGCAUUUGGCAGUAAUUGUGAGGAUUGCUCGAAAUAAUCUGAAGGUGGAAGAUUUUUUUUUUGAAUUAUUUGAAAUUCUUGAAGGUAACGCCGAAAAAUUGCAUGAAGUAAUUACAAAAAAAUGACAGAAUUGGGGAUUCCUUAUAAAAAAAUAUGAUAGGGCUGGCCGCAGAUGGUGCCAACGUAAUGAUGGGAAAGAACAAUUCUCUUGCAACGAAGUUCAAACAAGACAUACCACACCUUUUCGUUAUGAAAUGUGUAUGCCAUUCUGUACAUCUUGUAGCGUCAAACGCUUGCUUAAAAUUGCCUCGAGAACCCGAAGAUCUAGCACGGGAUGUGUAUAACUAUUUGAAUGGUAGCCCAAAACGUACCGGCUCGUUGAAAGAAUUCCAAGAAUUUUUGGAAUUAAAACCACACAAAUUGCUGCAACCUUCUCAAACAAGAUGGCUCUCUUUAGAGGCAGUAGUAAAGAGGUUGCUAGAACAAUACGAAGCCUUAAAGUUGUACUUUAGGGACGCUAUUUUCAGCGACCGUAUUAAAGCUGCAGAAAACAUAUUGAGAAUGAUAGAAAAUCCAGUGAACAAGCUAUAUCUGCAAUUUAUGGCGUAUGCCUUAGGAAUAUUCAACGAACUAAACAGAACCAUGCAAUCAGAAAAUACAAAUGUACACAUAAUUUACAACAGGGUGAUGACCGUAAUCUACACAAUUUUGGGAUGUUAUGUGAAAGAAGAAUACAUUUCAAGAAAUGAUCACAAAAACAUCGACUAUAAAAAUCCCAGAAAGUACAUGGAUAUAAAAGAUUGGUAUUUAGGCGCUGAAGUAGGGGCGACAUUAUCUUCACCAACAUUAACAAUCAGUCCCGAAGAAAUAAAAAAAUUCAAGUUCCGCUGUUUAGAGUUUUACAUUGAGGCAAUUAAACAACUAUUACAGCGAUUUCCAUUUGAAGACGAUAUGGAAAUUUUGAAAAAAAUGGAAUUUAUGGAUCCAAAAAUAGUUUGUAGUGGCAAAAUACUAUCCAUCGCUGACAUAUUGGGAAGGUUCCCAAAUAUAGCACCUUCAAAUGUUAUUCAACAGAUUGACACCGAAUGGCGGCUUCUUCGGAAUACGAAGUUAAAUACUGAAGAUGAAAAUUUAGAAGUAGGAGCUUUCUGGAAAAAGAUAGCCCAGAUGCAUUUGGGUGAUGGCAGAAAAAUGUUUCCAAAUUUAACUUUGACAGUUUUGAGUUUUAUGUGCUUGCCACACUCAAGUGCAUCUGUGGAAAGGCUGUUUUCGCAAAUAAAUUUAACGAAAACAAAGUUACGGAACCAACUCUCUACCCCGGUAAUAUCGGGAGUCCUGCAUACAAAAAACAUUUUGAAAAAUUCUAAUUGCUUCAAUUUCGAAAUUAAAGACCAAAUUUUACAGAAACUUAAUAAAAAUAUGUAUUAAAACUC